GGUUUUAGUACACAGCAGAUAAAGUUUUAGAACAGUUUUGUUAAGAUAUGGCAACAAUCUUUCGUUGUGUUAUCUUGGCAACCCAAUUUGGUAUUAUUAUUUUUCUGCUCAGAAUAAACAAGAAUUAAGGAAUAUAGUAAAUAUUAACUAUUGUUAUUUAAAAAUUAUCAAAAAUUAUGUCCUACGUUUAUUUGGUGCCGGUGGCCGUUUUUCUGUUAUUCCAAAUUACCUUUCUCGGAACUUAUAUUGCCGCCGUACUUCAGGGUCAUGUAGUGCCCACAGUGCCGUAUAUCAGUGACGAUGGCACAUACUCUCCAGAAAGCUGCGUAUUUGGACAGCUUAUAAAUAUUGGUAGUGUGCUAUUGGGCAUCACUAUUUACAUACGUUAUCGACAAAUUCAACAACUUUACAGUCAUCAUCCCGACUUGGGAUCCUUACUUUUGCGUUACAAUAAGAUAGCCGUCUGGUUUGGUAUGGCUUCUUGUUUAGGUAUAAGUAUUGUUGGUAAUUUCCAAGAAACAAAUGUACGCAUUGUUCACUUCACCGGAGCAUUUUGUUGUUUCGGUUGUGGUACGGUGUACUUUUGGUUGCAAGCGUUAAUUACCUAUUUGGUGUAUCCCAUUGCGGGUUCAAAAUUGUAUGCACACAUACGUCUGGGAAUGGCUAUCGCCUGUACAAUACUUUUCAUUAUGAUUGCCAUUACUGGUGUUAUGUCACAUAUUCUAUUUAAAGGCGACAAUCCAAGACAAUGGUAUCCCUCGGAUGGUGGCUGGUACUUCCAUGUAGUUAGUUCAAUAUCCGAAUGGAUUAUGGCUACUAUAUUCAGCUUUUAUAUCCUAACUUUUACGGACGAAUUUCGAGAUGUCCGUCUAGAACAUCCAGAACUGACGUUCAUCUCCUAUUCCAUAACUUUAUAAAAAUAUUAAAUAUUAUGUGCUAUGUAUAUUUUUUAUUUUUUAAAUACCCAACAACGGCGUAUGUAUGCAGUUGUUAUACAUAUAUGUUUCCAAAGAUCUAAUAGUGCUGUGAUAGGUUAUUAUUUUUUCCUGCAUUGAAAUAUUACACAGCACAUAUAAUUUAUCAAAAGUUGAACAAUUUUUCCGCAACGUAUUACAUUUUUGGGUGUUUAAUACAGUUAAUUGAAUUUAUUUUGAAAUCACGUUUCAACAUUCUGCAAUUUUUAAUCGUAAUAUGAAUAUUAAAUAUUGUUCGGAAAAUGCUAUUUAUUAUUGGCAGAAAUUUUCUAUAAAGAGUAAUAAAAAUAUUUACCUAUGAAAUUACAUUUUCAACGAAAAGAGUUUAUAUUUUUUUUUGUUAUUUUUUACAAAUUUUUUUUUUUCUAUAAGUUAUUAGUAAGUUUCAAUUAUGAUUGGAUUUUUCUUAUGUUCCUAUGUUGGAAUUAAUAUACAUAUUGAUAUAUAUACAUACAUCCAUCUCUGUUUAAAAUAAAUUUUUUGCAUUUAUGCAAAUUAAAUUAUACAUAUACCAAUUAUAUACAGAAUUACAUGAAAUAAACUGCUUUAUUCAAUGAA